UUUCGAUAAACGCAGAAGAAAACAUUGUUCUGAAGAAAAAUGGUUAUUCUUCACGUGAAGAGAGGUGACGAGAAUCAGUUUCUUUAUGAAACUAAUGUGGACAAUGAGGUAGACGAUGUCGUGAAAGACAUCGUAGCCAUAUACAACGGGAGACUGAAGGUGACGAGGAUAUGCUACGAAGGUGAAGAGCUGAUGAAGCAUGGGACCUUCAUGCCUCUGGAGAUGCAAGGACUUACUGACGAGCAGGUAAAGGAAUUAAAGCUAACGGACCCCUGGGCCAAGCGUUGCGCCCCCCCUGACUACGUGGAGUGCAAGGACGACAUGGGGCGUAGAUGUGGAUUAGCGCCCCCUACUCACAUGCAGGAGGUGUUGAAGAAAGCAAUCGAGACUGCCAAAGAGUACGUGAGCAAGAAACACGUGGACCUUCGCUACUGUAUGACUCAGAAGGACGUGGCCAGAGCUCUUGACGAACUCCGAGGAGCAACAAAGAUAGUCUUCCCAAAUGGCCUUCCUCCUCAUGACCCAGUAAGGAUGGAGUUAGACAACGUGGAGGACUUGACUGGAACCCAGGCGUCCUUAGAAGUGAUUGAUCCAAGCCUGGCUUGUCUUUGGGCUUGUGGAAAGAAAUUCAUCAGCGGGAACAAGCUUAGUGACCAUUUGGGGAAGAACAACAAAUGCAAGGUAACGGUGAAACUGUGCUCUAAUAAGGAAGGCGCGCCGGGUCGCGAGCCUAUCAUGACGGAGGAGGAAAGGAAACAGCUGAUGCUGCAAGCUUACAGGAAGCAAGAAGAAUGGAAGAAGUUGGAGGCAGAUGCGGACGACAGCUAUCUGGACUCGAAGUGGGCUGAUGGACAGAACUUGCGGAAACAACUGCAUGGGCUUGACGACAUCUCUUGGAAGCCUUCCUUCAAGAAGUAAAGGAUUUGCAGACUGUGUAGCUUAGCUUUGUAGAUUUUUUAAUGUAAUAAUUCAAUUCAAUUCUCAAUUAAUGGUAGUAUAACAGAAACUUUGAGAGAGAAAGCUCGGCGGGGCGUGGUUACUUAGUUCGUGCUUCUGACUACCCCAAUUGGGAUAUAGU